AGAAGGGGAUCCUGCAGGAGACUCUACAAUCUACCUGUCUGUGGAGGGGAGAGAAAGAAAGUUAAAACUCUUAUUUCUUUCCUGCUCAUGCACAUGCAUGUGCAGUUUUUGAAGCAGACUGGUGUGCAGAGUGUGAAGCCAACUUGGAGCGUUUUUCCCCCCCUCGUUCUCUUUAACUCCCAAACUAAGAGGAGAGUGGAGGGCUUCUGAUCCGCCAGGACCAGGACUGCCUGUCAGCUUUUUUUCAGAGUGGACGUGAAAUCUCUGCAAAGCCUGGGGAGCCUUGGAGCUUCUGAACGAGCACCAAAAUAUUCGUCAAGAUAAGAAGAAAGCAGACUGAGCUCUUUUUCUGUCUGGAUGUUUUUGUUUCUUCUACGAAAGAAACGCUAACAUUACGCCACAAAUCCCCUUGAAUUCCAAUAAAGGUCGGCUUUUUUAUAUUUAUUUUUUACUCAUGCAUCUUUAUGGGCUUUUUCAAAACAAUGCUGUGACAUUUUCUGAAGUUUGAGCUGACUGGGGAGGUUGCUGAACUUCCCUUGUGGCCUGGACCAGAGCGGAGCAGCCAGAGGCUAGCUUCCCGAGCUAGCAGCAACAACGGCUAAAACAAGUUGAAAAAGUCUUGCUUUUUACUCCCUCCUUGCGGACGCGAACGAGCUCCCGAGCUCCGUUUGGUCUGGUUUAAUGUAGGCGUCACGUUUAAGCGACACAAUAAAUGCUCGUGUGUGGUCCUGGUGUCAGUGUGGGGGUAUUUUUCACGGAGCAGCUAGCUGUAGCCGCUGCUGCGUUAGCUUGAGUGAACACGUUGGACUCGUUCCUCCGCCCAUCUUCCGGGAUGUCUUUUAUUUAUUUUUGUUUACCCGUUGGCCCACGCUGCCAAACAAACCAAGCUUCCUGAGCGCGUAUCUUUUGCGGUUUUGGACUGUUCACCCCUCGCCACCUUUCGCACGGGAUUAUCGUGUGUUUUGGCCGGAGCGGUGGUCGGACAGUAGCAGGUAUGUGGCUCCGGACUUUGGGCUGUGUUUUGGCCGCUGCCUGCCUGCUGAUGAGCUGUCACGGAGCGCACGGAGAAAUUUGUUCGAGCAAGGACAUCCGCAACAAUGCGACCAACCUGCGAAAGCUCGAGAACUGUACUGUGAUCGAAGGCCACCUAAAGAUCUUGCUCAUGUUUGGGACCAAAGCCAAGGACUUCCAAGGCCUGAGCUUCCCCAAGCUGAGAGUGGUCACCGACUACCUGCUGCUCUUCAGAGUCUACGGCCUGGAGAGCCUCAGCAGCCUCUUCCCCAACCUGACGGUCAUUCGAGGCAACAACCUGUUCUUCAACUAUGCCCUAGUGAUAUUCGAGAUGCUCCAGCUCAGAGAAAUCGGCCUCCACAGCUUGAUGAAUAUCACCAGAGGCGCCGUGAGGAUCGAGAAGAACCCGGACCUCUGCUACCUGUCCACCCUGGACUGGUCGAAGAUCCUCGACACGGUGGAGGACAACUACAUCGUGUCCAACAAAAACGACAGAGAGUGCGGCGAUGUCUGCCCAGGGGCGUCGAUCGGCAAGACCACCUGUCCGUCCACGACCAUCAACGGGCAUUUCAGCGAACGCUGCUGGACUCAGAGCCACUGUCAAAGAAUGUGUCCUAUUAACUGCACACACCGGGCCUGCACCAAGAACGACGCCUGCUGCCACUACCAGUGUCUGGGCGGCUGCCUGAGCCCCAACUCGCCCAGGCACUGCGUGGCCUGCCGCGGCCUCCUGCACGAGGACAGCUGCGUGGAGCGCUGCCCAGAAAACUACUUCACCUACAAGGGCUGGCGCUGCGUCUCCCUCGCCUUCUGCCAGGAUCUGCACAACAGGUGCAAGCAGGAAAAGAGCCCUGACUGCUACGAAUACGUCAUCCACAACGGUGCCUGCAUCCCAGAGUGUCCCUCUGGCUACUCGAUAGGCAACUCCUCCACUCUCAGCUGCACGCCCUGCGCAGGACCCUGUCCCAAAGUAUGCAUGGGUCUAAAGACGGUGGACUCUGUCACUGCCGCCCAGGCCUUGAGGGGCUGCACCGUCCUCAAUGGGAGCCUGGUCAUCAACCUGCGGGGAGGAAACAACAUUGCAGCUGAGCUGGAGGCCAGCCUGGGCCAGCUGGAGGAGAUCACUGGUUACCUCACAGUUCGACGGUCCUACGCUCUCGUAUCCCUCUCAUUUUUCCGCAAACUCCGCCUCAUUCGCGGAGAAGAACAGGAAAUCGGGAAUUAUUCAUUUUACGCCCUGGAUAACCAGAACCUGCGGCAGCUCUGGGAUUGGUCCAAACACAAGCUGAUCAUCCUGCAGGGCCGCAUGUUUUUCCACUACAACUCCAAGCUCUGCAUGUCUGAGAUCCGCAAGAUGGAGGAGGUGACGGGAACCAAGGAGCGACGGGCCAAUAAUGAAAUCGCCUCCAAGACCAACGGAGACCAGGCUUCAUGUGAGAACCACGUGCUGAAGUUCACCCAGAUCAAAACCAUGAGCGAUAAGAUCAUGAUCAAGUGGGAACCGUUCUGGCCUCCGGACUUCAGAGACCUGCUGGGCUUCAUGGUUCUCUACAAAGAAGCCCCUUUUAAGAACGUAACGGAGUUUGACGGGCAGGACGCCUGCGGCUCAAACAGCUGGGUGAUCGCUGACGUCGACCCGCCGCGCCGAGACAAAGACCAGGUCGAGCCGGGUCAUCUCAUCCUGCCGCUGAAGCCGUGGACGCAGUACGCCAUCAUGGUGAAAACGCAGCUCUCCGCGUCCGACGAGCAUCAGGUCCACGGGGCCAAGAGCGAUAUCAUCUACGUUCGCACAAAUGCCACCAAACCCUCCGUACCACUGGACCCCAUGUCUUCCUCCAAUUCGUCGACUCAGAUCAUCCUGAAGUGGAAACCUCCCAACGAUCCCAACGGGAACAUCACCCACUACCUGGUCUUCUACCAGCGCCAGCCUGAGGCCAGCGAGCUCUACAAGUUUGACUACUGCCAGAAAGGAAUGAAGCUGCCGUCACGGGUGCCCACUCAGGUGGACAGUGACGAGGAGCAGAAGUGGAACCAGACGGAGGAUAAGGGCCAGGGGAAGAAAUGUUGUGCCUGCCCAAAAACGGACAAGGAGCUCAAGAAGGAGAAAGAAGACUCGGAGUACAGGAAGACCUUUGAAAACUACCUUCACAAUGAAGUUUUCGAGGUCAAACGUCCGAGACAGAAGCGCUCUGUGAUGGGCAUCGCCAACAGGACGCAGCCCUUCCUCACCACCGCCGCCAGCCCGCCAGGGAGCACCAGGGUCCCCAACGACGAGGACGAGAACAAGGAAUACCCAAAGAUCAUGGUGGUUGUCCACGCCAAGGAGUCCACGGUCAUUUCCAACUUGCGACACUUCACCAGCUACCAGAUUGAGGUCCACGCCUGCAACGACCCCACUGACCAGAGCCGCUGCAGCAUGGCGGCGUACGUCAGCGCCCGCACCAUGCCCGAAGAUAAAGCUGAUAACAUCUUGGGUGAAAUCACUCAUAAAGUGAUAGAAAACGCAGUGCACCUAUACUGGAAGGAGCCUGCAGCACCAAACGGCAUCAUCAUCCUGUAUGAGGUGAACUACAAGAGAGUCGGAGACGCCGAGGAGCUGCCCCACUGCGUGUCCAGAAGCAUGUACAAAACGUCCGGCGGCUGCAAGCUGAGCGUGAUGCAUCCUGGGAAUUACUCGGUCAGGAUCCGAGCCACGUCGCUGGCUGGAAACGGGUCGUGGACCAAGCCCUCGUACUUCUACGUCCAGCAUCCGAGCGGCCCUCUCGACGUCUUCAAGAUUGUCAUCGGGCCGCUCAUCUGCUUCCUCCUGCUGGUAUUUCUGGGCGGGGCAGGAUUCGUCGUGUUCAGGAAGAAUCAAACCCAAGGACCAAGCGGACCCAUUUACGCCUCUUCAAACCCAGAGUACCUCAGCGCUAAUGACGUGUACGAGGAGGAUGAGUGGGAGGUCCCGCGUGAGAAGAUCGCCAUCUUGAGGGAGCUGGGCCAGGGCUCCUUCGGCAUGGUGUACGAGGGCAUCGCUAAGGAUAUCGUGAAGGGCGAGGGCGAAACGCACGUGGCGGUGAAGACAGUGAACGAGUCAGCCAGCCUGAGGGAGAGGAUCGAGUUUCUGAACGAGGCGUCGGUCAUGAAAGCCUUCAGCUGCCACCAUGUGGUCCGCUUGAUGGGCGUUGUGUCGAAGGGCCAGCCGACGCUGGUGGUGAUGGAGCUGAUGACCCACGGAGACCUGAAGAGCUACCUGCGCUCUCUGCGUCCUGAUGCUGAGAAUAACCCUGGGCGUCCACCUCCCACUCUGAAAGAGAUGAUCCAAAUGGCCGCCGAGAUCGCAGACGGCAUGGCUUACCUCAACGCCAAGAAGUUUGUCCACAGAGACCUGGCAGCCAGAAACUGCAUGGUGGCUCACGAUUUCACAGUCAAGAUAGGAGACUUCGGCAUGACGAGGGACAUCUAUGAGACGGAUUACUACCGGAAAGGAGGGAAGGGCCUCCUGCCCGUCAGGUGGAUGGCACCGGAGUCUCUGAAGGACGGCGUCUUCACUGCCCAUUCAGACUGCUGGUCGUUUGGGGUCGUGCUGUGGGAAAUCAGCACCCUGGCCGAGCAGCCGUACCAGGGCCUGUCCAAUGAGCAGGUCCUCAAGUUCGUGAUGGACGGAGGCUUCCUGGACCGGCCAGACAACUGCGCAGACAGACUACACAACCUGAUGCAGAUGUGCUGGCAGUACAACCCGAAGAUGCGUCCGACCUUCCAGGAGAUCAUCGAGAUGCUGAAGGACGACCUGCACCCCUCGUUCCGGGAAGUCUCCUUCUUCUACAGCGAGGACAACAAGCUGCCAGAGAGCGAGGACUUCGACCUGGACAUGGAGAACAUGGAGAGCAUCCCCCUGGACCCGUCGUCGUACUCCCAGAGGGAGCAGUGCUCGGACAGGGACGAGGCGUCCUCUGUGGGCCUGCGGGGCAGCUACGAGGAACACCACAUCCCCUUCACGCACAUGAACGGGGGCAAAACCAAUGGACGGAUACUAGCGCUGCCGCGGUCCAGCCCGUCCUAACACAUCCCUCAAUACCACGUCCAUGCUACAGAAUAAAUCUAUUUUUGUUCUCAUUUUAUAU